UAUAAAUAUGGAAAAAAUUGCUGAACAUGCAAGAAUUUGAAAUUGACAUUUAUAUAUUCAUAUUAGUUUCCUGGUCUUAAAUGUGAAGUUACCAUAAUGCCUGUUACUUUCAGUCUUCCAAAAGAGCUUAAAAAUGUGAUGUCUGUCAAAUAUCAACUCAGCACAAAAGUAAUUUGUUGUUCUUUAUUUUUGUAUUCUUUUAUGGUUGCUAUAACCCCUUUGAUUUGAAACCAUUGAUUUGUUUACACUCGAUGCAUGUGGUCUAUUGCUUACAUGACUUGCAACCUGUCUCUGAUUUUAAAUUUCUGUUACUGAUCUUUCUGCAGUUUACCUCACAAGAAGUAUGUGUAUUAAGUAACUGAAAUUUUUGUGCUGUUGUAAGGAUUACUUAACAAAGUUUUGUAUGUUAGAUGAUAUUCUUGCGCCACACCCCACUGGUUCAAAUGUCUUGCAAACCUGCAAGGUUUCAGUUCCAUGAAACCUGAAUGGAACUAUGUGUUGACCAUGACUGUUACUCAGGUUAGUGAAAUAUGCAAAUAUUUUGUGGCAUCAUGAAUAUGCUAUCAUCUUUUCAUUAUCAUCUGAUGAGACAGAGUAUUGUGACCUUGCAACUCUGGUCUACAUAAGAUAAUGGAAGCCUGAAGUUAAUGUAUUAAAACGUCGGGUAAUGAAAGUAUAUGUGACUUUAGGCGCUCUCACUUGCAGAAUUUUCUGAAGAUUUAGAUAAUCACUUUAUGUGUAUCAAUUUAUAGGAAAAUAAUUUACAACAUUCAUUUUGAUGAUUCCUAUAAGGUGGCUGUGUUUUGUGAUUUUAGAAUGCAGACAAUUGACUUCUCUCUUACAAGUCUGAUAUAAACUUUUUUCUCCUCCUUGACUUGUCUAUCCUUUUCAUAUCAUACCUCACUGUAAGAAAUUUAUAUCCAUGACCUGUAAAGUCUGGAAAGAAAUCUUGUGUAUCUGAAUAUUUAUGGUGUAUUUUCAGUUAAUUAUAACAACCAGAACAUAAAUGUGGCAAACAAAAUAACAUGUAAUAUGAAAUACUGUGCAUCUUAGCUGAGACAUUUGGUUGCGUUAAGGCCCCAGUCUGCUUUGUAUCCAGUGGGAAAAAACAUUGAAUGUGUUGUAACCCGAGUAAUGUUUAAAUCAUUAUAAGAAAUGUAUACAUUUGUUUUUAUGUGUUGGUGGAACUUACGCAAGUAAAGUUCUUGUUUCUCAAAACUGUUUAUUUAUAACUUCCUUUUUUUUUUUUCAAAAGAUGUCUAAUGCCUUCAUUUCCCUCCUACUAUUUUUCAGCACAGCCACAGUUCCGAGGCGAUCCACAGUCUGCAGAAUUUCUUAAAUUUCCAUGUCCACAAUGUGGUAAGAACUAUGCAUGGAAGACAAAUAUGCAGCGUCAUUUACGACUUGAAUGUGGUAAAGAACCACAGUUUCAGUGUCCUGUUUGCCCAUACCAAAAUAGACCUACUGAUUUCCAAUUUUCGAGAUCAGGAGUGGCAUUCCAGAACAAAAGAACUACGGCAGGGUUUUAUUGUUACAACUGUGGUAGACACUACCGGUGGAAACAUUCGCUGACAGCACAUUUAAAAAAUGAGUGUGGCAAAGAACCAUCACUGCAGUGCCCAUUCUGUGUGUACAGAGCUAAACAAAUGUCCAAUUUUCGAAGACACAUCAGAGUGGUUCAUCGGCAGGCUGUGACAAUAUAGGACUACUGAUUUCCAGUUUCCAAGAUCAGGACUGGGGAUCCAGAACAAACAAACAGCUGCUGGGUUUUAUUGUUACAACUGCGGUAGAUGCUAUCGGUGGAAAAAUUCACUUACAGCACAUUUAAAAAAUGAGUGUGGAAAAGAACCAUCUCUGCAGUGCCCAUACUGCAUGUAUAAAUCAAAACAAAUGUCUUCCAUCCGAAGGCAUAUCAGAGAUGUACAUCAGCAGGCUGUCUGAACAUACAUUUCAAGCUUUGAAAUGAAUCUUUAACAGCAGUAUUUGUAGUGCUUUCUCUGGAACAUUAGACUGUUAUUUAUGCAAACUAUGUGGAACACUAUGAGUGAUGUUUGAUGUGUUUCCUCUAAAUGAGUGUCUCUAAAUUUAUGUUCCUAUUUCUGAAGUGAGAGUCUGUGUUUUCCAAUUUCUUCAUGUGUGUUGUGGGUUAUAGAUGUCUGAGAAUA